AUGGGCUUGAUACUGGGACUAAUGUUUCUCGUCUGUGCAGGCGUUUUAACGAAUCAAGGGCUAUCUAAUGAACCUCCCCGAACUCCCGGAAUAAUAUCGGUGAACACCUCCACAAGUAACAAUACGGAUGCUGCAGGAUCUGUUCGUGUACCGGGUGCAGGAUUCGGCCACGAAACGGUAAUCGGCGGCAGUCCAGGAGGUCCAGGUAAAAACCUACCCGGAGCGGCCCCCGGUGUUUUGGUACUCAGCGAAAGCAAGCAAACGCAGAACGGUACAGAAAACAAUGUCGUAAGCCUUGUUCAAACCGUUACGAAGAAGCCACCUAUCGAUAUAAUGGCCUCCUUGUAA